GCUUAGAGGAGGGGGGAGGCGCACAUGCAUUGAAAGAAACACACACAGACACACUCUCUCUCUCUCACACACACACACACACACACACAUCCUAGUGGCGGCCACAUUUUCACAGCCUGCUCUUCAGACUGACAGCAGCAAACGGACUUGAGAGCCAGCACGAUUGAGUGAGAGAGGAAACGAAAGAGAAUUGGGAACAAGGUGGAAGAGAGGACAGAAGAAGGCAGUAUUCCUUUUUCUUUUCUUUUUUUUUUUUUUACCCUCUUUAGCUCUUCUGGGAGCCAUAGAAGGAAUCUUUCCUCUGAACUUGCUCUGCUACAGGACCUGCACCCUGCUAUGGCAGCCCUGAUGGGACAUGGGAACGCUGUCUUCCUCUCAUCUUGUUCCUCUCAUCCUUGGACUACCCUCCUCUGGGCUGUGUUGACCCUUUUUAGCCAUGUGUGGGGCUUUAACCUGGAUACUACUCACACGCUGCAUAAGUUGGGAGACCAGGGCACAUUUUUUGGCUUCUCUCUUGCACUUCACCAACAGCUAACCCCCGAGCCUCAGAGCUGGAUCCUUGUGGGGGCACCACAGGCAGCAGGGCAGGGCCUGUUGAAGGGAAGUCGGCCGGGAGCCUUGUUCAAGUGUCCAAUCACACCCGAGGAAUACGACUGUGAGAGGGUCGAUAUUGAUGGAGAUGUGAGUCUUGACAGAGAGAGCAAAGACAACCAGUGGCUGGGAGUCACAGUGAAGAGUCAGGGGAUCGGCGGGAAGGUGGUGACCUGUGCUCACCUUUAUGAGCUCAGGCAGCGUGUAAGUCAAUCUUCAGAGACUCGCGACCCGAUUGGACGCUGCUAUGUCCUGAGCGAGGAUCUAACAGAGCGAGAUGACCUGGACGGAGGGGAGUGGAAGUUCUGCGAGGGCCGGCCGCAGGGACACGAGCAGUUUGGCUUCUGUCAGCAGGGCCUGUCUGUCAGUUUCACUCCAGACAACAACUUCAUUCUGUUCGGGGCUCCAGGGACAUAUAACUGGAAAGGAGAGAUGCGUGUCCAACUCCUUAACCAGACUAUGCUUGACCUCGGUCUCUAUGACGACGGACCCUACGAAGUGGCAGAUCAGAAACAGCUUAAUGCCCAGCUCAUCCCUGUGCCCCACCACAGUUACCUGGGGUUUUCCGUUGACUCGGCCAUGGGGAUAAUGAGCCUCAGGGAGCUGACCUUCGUAGCGGGCGCACCUCGGGCCAAUCACACAGGAGCAGUGGUGCUGCUGAAGAAGGAUAACGUGUACCGGCUGGUGCCACAGCACAUCUUCUGGGGGGAGGAGCUGGCGUCUUCAUUUGGGUACUCGGUGGCUACAGCAGACCUGAACAGAGACGGCUGGACCGAUCUGAUUGUUGGAGCUCCUAACUUCUUCGACCGUAAGGCAGAGAUUGGUGGAGCUGUAUACGUGUACCUGAACCCCUCCGGUCACUGGGACGACCAGGCUCGGCCCAUCCGUCUCAACGGGACCUACGACUCCAUGUUUGGAAUGACGGUCAGCAACAUCGGAGAUCUGGACCAGGACGGAUACGGAGACAUUGCUGUGGGGGCUCCAUUCGAUGGAGAUGGCAAAGUUUUUAUCUACAGAGGCUCGGAUGCAGGAAUAGAAACAAAACCUGCUCAGGUGUUGGAUGGCCGUGACUUUGACGUGAGACGUUUUGGAUACUCCAUCUCAGGUGGUUUGGAUAUUGACAAUAAUCAAUACCCAGAUCUUGCAGUGGGCUCUCUCAACAAUUCAGUGGUUCUCUUCAGGUCCCGUCCAGUCAUCCAUGUGAUUAGAGAUAUAUCUAUUGACCCUUAUUUCAUUGAUCUGGAACAGCACAACUGCAAUGACAGAGAAGGAGUCUGCGUGGAGGUCAAGGCCUGCUUCACCUUCACAGCCCACCCAGAACACUACUCGCCACACAUGACCCUGCUGGUGCACUUUGAAGCCGACGCGGAGCGCAGGAAGUUGGGACUCCCUCACCGUGUUAACUUCCUGGGUCGCAGUUCUCUGGAGCCAGAGUACACACAGACAGAGGAGGUGGAGAUGCAUCGGCAGCGUCAUCCUGUGUGCACCACUGCUCUCUUCCAACUUCAUGAGAACAUACGUGACAAACUGCGUCCCAUCUCAUUGGCUAUAACUCACACCAUCAAGCCUGUACCUCCACGCAGACACUCGGGGACCAAGAGGCUGGAGAAGCUGGCGCCUGUGUUAAACGUUUCCCCCUCCAACACGCUGCACUCUGAGGUGAACUUCCUGCGUGAAGGAUGCGGCAUUGACAAGAUCUGCCAGAGCAACCUGAAGCUGAGCUACCAGUUUGGAACAACACCCAUAACCUCUGACCUCUUCACCCCUCUGCCAAAAGACGAGGAUGAUGUGCAGGUGUUCUCCCUGUCAGAUCAUCGCCUGGUGGUGCUGGAGAUCACCGUCACCAACAUGCCUUCUGACCCCCUGCACCCCGAGGAGGACGGAGAUGACGCCCACGCCGCUCAGCUUCUCAUCACCCUUCCUGACACUUUGUCGUAUUCCGGCUCCAGGAUCCCACCGCAGAUGAGAUGUCAAGCCAACCAGAAUGGCUCGCAAGUUGAGUGUGACCUUGGAAACCCUGUGAAACGAGAUACUAAACUGAAGUUCACCAUCAACUUGAGCAUAUCCAACAUCACAAUUGAGACCACUGAGCUGACAGCAGAUCUCUUGUUGACAACUAUCAGCGAGCAGCCUGACCUGGAACCAGUCACAGCUUUUGCUAAAGUUGUGAUAGAGCUCCCUCUGUCUGUUAGCGGGCUGGCUCAUCCUCACCAGCUGUUCUUCAGCGGGACAGUGAGGGGAGAGAGCGCCAUGAAGAGCCUCGACGAUGUCGGCAGUCCACUGGACUUUGAGUUUGUGGUUGCUAAUCAAGGACAAGCUCUGCAGACGCUCGGCUCAGCUUUUUUAAACAUCAUGUGGCCUUACGAGCUGGCCAAUGAGAAAUGGCUCCUGUAUCCUGCUAGCUUAAAGUUUGAGGGUCACCCAGACACACAGUGCACCCAGACACGGGCGCUGAAUCCUUUGGAGUUGGAGUGGAGCUCAGUUGCAGCUCCUUCACAGCCUGUCAAUGAGGGGGGUGGACGGAGGCGCCGCUCCCACUCAGAGGAAGGUCAAGUGAUGACCAAAGGCAGCGUGGGACGAACUACUCCAGCUGUGGCAGCUUCAGAGAGACGCAAGUCACUCAAACUGGAUUGUCUCUUGGGGUCGGCCCGCUGUGUUGUGUUUCAGUGUCCGCUCCACAGCUUCUCUGGUAAGGCCGUCGUCAGGAUUCACGCCCGCCUGUGGAACAGCAGCUUCAUAGAGGACUUUUCAGCAGUCAGUGCUCUAGAGCUGCUGGUCAGAGCCAACAUCACUGUGAAGUCUGGCAUCAAACACCUGGUCCUCAAGGAUGCUGCUGCACAGGUUCCGGUGAUGAUCUACCCUGAGCCCGGUCUUACUGACCAGUACUGGAUCCCCUGGUGGAUCAUCCUCAUAGCCGUCUUGGCGGGCAUCCUGCUUCUGACUCUACUGGUCUGCUUACUGUGGAAGUGUGGCUUCUUCCAGCGGGCCCACUACAAAGACAAAUUGCCUCAGUACCACGCGGUGAAGAUUCCUCGUGAGGACCGGCCACAGUUCCAGACUGAGAAGUCAGGAGUCGCUCAUAAAAAGGAAUGGGCCACGCACUGGAGCGACGGAACCUCGUAACUCCCUUUGAAGCACUGAAUGACUGAAUCAAUUCAAAUCACCGUGUGUGGCACCCAUACUGUCUUUGCAUUGGAACUAAUGACGGUGCACACAGACUGAGAUCUAACAUCUUGUGCACACUGUAUUGAGUCAGAACUGACAUAUUGGUGGCCUGUUACACUGAGACUGGAUCUAUACUCUCCCAUACCAUAGCCUGCUUAUGGCUGGUCUCCAUAGUCUACUGUGCAUCUACAUCAGUGUUGUACAGUAAAUACUGAAGGCCAGAAACAGAAUUAGAACACGUUUAGCUGCUUCAUAUGUUUCACAGCUGGCAGCAGACGCACUGAUGUUCUCAUGGACUUCACCUGCAGAACAAAGGAGUACAAAACACAAUCAUAACCCAAAGACAUGCAUGAAUGCACAACAUAUUAGAUUCAUACAGACACUGGACUAUGUUGGUGAAGAAGCCACUGCCCGUUGCAAAGACUACUUCAUGCCUUAACUACUGUAAGACUGACAACUUCAAAAGGCAAUGAGAAAAUCCUUCUUCCUUUUUCUAACAUAAAUUAUCUUUACAGAUUUCCUUUUUGUUGUUAGCGCUGGUUAACAUUGGGGCCAGUAUGUAAGUAAAAUGUUGCAGAACACUAAACAUGUUGUAGGCGCGCUGGUUGCUGAAAAAGACAUUAAAUAAGUUCCCCUGAUUUUUUGGUUUGUUUCCUUAUACAAGGAAAAAAAACUCCUAAAAGAGAGCCUUUUUGUUGUGUCUUUCUUUUUCCAUUUUUUGUUAAUAUGUCAGUCAAGUGUACUGUUCAUCAACAGUUUAUUGCCUGGGUGAACUUGAAUAAGAGCAAGAAAAAAGCCUGUGACAGCCAUGGCUAUAGCACUGUUGUUGCAUGGAAAUCAAAAUAUGUCAGAAAAGUAAAGCAAAAUUUAAAACCACCAGCCCAUUUACAAUGAGAGCAUUUAACUACCAUACAUUGAUUUUCUUAAUGUUUUUUUAAGAAUGUCCAGGCUUAAAGGGGCAUUUAAUUAAUAAAAACUAUCAAAGUAGGUAUGACUGAAUUACACAAUGUGUAAUUUAUGAGAUUUCAAGCAAGACCAUCUUAACUUUUUUACUGAAAUGUAUAAAUAUUUUCACUCAGACGUGUAAUAAAUGGCCUUUGUUUUCAAACAUUUUAGUUGGAAUAUACUAACCUUCUUGUCACUUGGUGAUGUAGUGAUCAGACAGUGCAUUAAUUCCAGCACUGAUGUUUCUCAUUGCAUAUAAGUGCCUUAUGGUAAAAGUGGCAGAUUGUGAGCUGCUGGUACAGAAUAGAAGGUAACUUGCAAAUGACAUCAGGCAUCUAUUGGACACCUGCGGACGAAUGAACAUCAUUUAACACUUCAACAACAUCAAGAGAGGGGAGAAGAUUUCGAGAAGAGCAGAAUAUGUCAGUGAGGAACCACACAGACUUUCUUUGGAUCUGUUUUGGGUGGAUGAAGUGGCUGUAAAGCAUGAAGAGUCAGCUUGUUUUUAAGGUAUUGCUGGACAAUCUUGUAUUAGCUGCAUGAAGCUCCUGUUGCUGUUCUGAUGUUCCCCCUUUUUUUUUGUUUGUUUUUUUGUUUUCAUGAUUCAAUGUUUUUAUUUAUUUUAUGUCUGCAGCACUGUUUUAACAUGUAAAUAAAAUGUAA